AAUUCGAUGCUUCCACACAAUUAUUUUAUUUUAUUGCAUUAUAUAUUCUAUUACUUGUACAAAAUGUGGCACGUUUGAACAUGAAAUAAAAAAUUUAAGCCUUAUUUUUAUAUGAGCUAGCCUUGUAUAAGUAAGACCACCACAAAGCCAUAUUUUAUAAUUCAUUCCUAGCAUUUCAAUUUUCAAUAAUAUAAUACGUGGUACUCCAUAUUGAAUAUUGAUUACCAUGUCACACGCACAGUUGAAAGCAGAGCAGAUUGUGGAUGAAGAGUACUUGAAACAAAUUGAAGGAGCUCGUAGACAUCUUCAUUGUCUUCUGCAAAACGAUAAGCAGUUUGCUCCAAUCUUGCUUCGCUUAGCAUUUCAUGAUGCGGGUACUUAUGACGCGAAAACAAAGACAGGAGGUCCAAAUGGUUCGAUUAGGAAUGAGUUGAGCAAUCCUCCCAACAAUGGUGUUAAAAAUGCUAUUGAUUUUUGCGAACAAGUGAAGGUCAAGUACCCCAAGGUUACUUAUGCUGACCUUUACCAGCUAGCUGGUAUGGUUGCAGUUGAAGUUACUGGAGGUCCGAUUAUCCCUUUUGUCUCCGGCCGUCCGGAUGCCCCGAAUGAACAAGACAGUGGAGCUCUUCCAAAUCCCAAUGGAGGAUCCAAUCAUCUGAAAGAUAUAUUUUACCGAAUGGGCUUGAACAAUAGGGAUAUUGUUGUUUUAUCUGGAGCUCACACACUGGGUCGAGCACACAAGGAUAGGUCAGGUUUUGAUGGUCCUUUCACCGAACAACCUUUGAAGUUCGACAAUUCCUAUUAUGUAAACUUGAGGAAGCCUGACAUUCCUGGACUGGUGAAAUUCCCCUCGGAUAAAGUUCUCGCUGAGGAUCCUGAUUUCCGUCGCUAUGUUCAACUGUAUGCAAAGGAUGAGAAGGUGUUCUUCGCACACUAUGCUGAGUCACACAAGAAGAUGUCGGAGCUCGGGUUUCACCCACGUGCACCUUGCUCUUGCUCUGCUAUGAAAGCUUGAAAGCCAUGGCCGGCACCCUAGACUCACUGAUAUGUAACAGAUGUUGCUGUUGUCUGUUACAAUAUACACUACUUAAUUAUACUUAAUUAUGAAACUACGUAUAAUGUACUCUACUGCAUUAUUAAUGAGUGCUAAUAAAUGGGGAAAUUUGUGCCCAAGAUUCACUUACUAGAAAUUGGUGCUAUCCUAUCCUCACCGUCAUGUAUUGGUGAUCCAUUACAAUUAUGUAAAACUAUUUUGAGUGACAAAUUUCUAAGUUUUCGAGCUUUAUUAUGUUCAUGUUUC